UAGCGGAUGUGUGUCAUGGCCGCUCGUCCCGAGCCGCUAGCUAAACCUUCGCUUUCCCUCCGGUGACCGAAGUGAUCAUGGCGACGUUCUUCGGGGAGGUUUUGUCGGUGUAUUCUCGAGCCGUGGAGGAAGACGACGAGGAGCUCGACGACAACGAAGAAGACGAAGAAAUCCACAGAGAACUGGAGGAGAAGAGGGAGGUUCGUCUGCACUGGAGCCCUGAAGUCUCCCAGGAGCUGAAGUCCGGGAACAAGCUGCCGUGCUCCGCCUUCGUCCUCGCCGUGGGACAGAACGCUGCCCGGUUCCUGUCGGCGUACGUUCCCACCUCUGAGCUCUGGGAGGCGGUGGGUCACGCCUCCGCGUGGAACGAGAGGAGCCGCGCGGUAACCGGGACGACGGGCGAGGAGUCGGCGUGCGUGUUCCACAGAAACAAGGACAACCCGUCAGUUUUGAUCUGCAAGGCGACGUGCUUCAUAGCAGAGGACCAGCUGUUCCAGUGGGCGGAGAAGGUGUUUGACUGCCUGCAGCACAGGCAGCUGACCGUGACGGUGCUGUCAGACAGCCCCGUGGCCGAGUACAAGACGGCAGACUACCUGUGCAGUAGCUCCGCCCCCUUCCUGCGCUCGCUCCACAGCGCCGCUCACCUUGAGCGGCCCGUCUGCCGCUCACUGGAGCAGCCCAACAUCGUCACUGGACUUCCAGCUGCAGUGCUGAACCACUGCCAGGUGCACCGCAUCGCCGCCGCUGUGUACCAGUGCUACAGCGACGUCUCCGGCCCGGACUCCGUCACCAUGGAGACCUUCAAACCCGCUCUGACCAAGCUCGGCGAGUCGAUCCAGUUGGACCCGUCUCCGAGCUCAGACGUCCUCCGCAAGUUUGUCCGAUCCACCAACAUCCAGAGUAAUCUUUACAUCUAAACAUGUUCAUUCUAUUUUCCUGUGGUAAAAUACUGUCAAUUUGUAAUAAAUUAAGUAAAGAAAG